AUGGCCGGGGCGCGGCAGCAGCUGGAUGCGUUUCACCAGGCGCACGAGCGUCGGCGCCUGCCGUACUACGAGCUGCUGGGCGUCCCCCAGUCGGCCUCCCAGCCGGAGAUCGUCCGCGCAUUCAGGCGGCUUUCACUGAAGCUGCACCCCGACAAGCCGGGGGGUAGCCACGAGAGGUUCCAGGACUUGAACAAGGCGUACAAGUGCCUGAAGGACAGCGAGUGCCGGCGCAAGUACGACGAGUGCGGUUUCGACGAAGACAAUAUCGACUCCACGGAGGUGGACCAGUUUGUCGACGCGUUCUUCGGCGAGGGUGCCAGGGCAAUGGAUGGGCGGUCGCCAGAUUGGAAUUGCAAUUCCAUCGAGAAUUACAUUCGCAUCGACCUUGCAGAGGUGCCCUUCCACAUGAAGGACAUCGUCAGAAUAGGUCUCGAGUAUAUUGUGUCCCUCGACCAUGGGUGGGCGGACUUCCAGGACGUGGUUCUGAUGCAGCACGCACGCAUUGACAUCCUGUACUUGAUGGUCGGUCUGUUCUUGGAGGGCCCCCUCACACAAGAGGCGUGGGCGUCUGAAGAUUCGUACACGAUCACGUACUACGACAACCCCCUGCAGCCUGGCAUCACGCCGAGGUGGAGCGACCAGAACGUUCUGGGCGGAAGGAAGGCGAAGAAGAAGGAUUUGCCGAGGAGGGAACUAAAUUUCGAGGAGUUCCAGCGUCGCCAGAAGAUUGCUUUGGCCAUGUUGGAGAACGCACCCGCGGAUCCCAUGGCCGCGCUGGAGGAGAAAUACCGUGCCAAGAUGCUGGCCACUGAGCACUGCAAGGCGAUCAAGGGGCAGUCCAUCUACGAAGACGACGGGGAGGUCGACGUGAACGCUUACGCCGAUCUGAGAAUACAGGAGACCGGCCCCAGCGUGUGCUGA